CCUAGCUAGAUCAGAGUCUUCACCCUGAGAAGCGUAGAGGAGAUUUCGCAAUACCCCUUUUCGCCUUUUGUUACCAACUCUCUUUUUUCAGUGGAGUGCCAUAUCUUGGAAUAUUUGUUUUUUAUUCGGCAAUUGCUUUCUAUGUACAUUUAUUACUGCAACCUCUCGAUCAGUGCCCUUGGCCGAGACUCGAAAGCUCUCUCGUUUCACCCAUACAGCGUUCAAGCAUUUUACUGGCAUCCGUUUGAUUUUAUACUCGCGCCGGGCACGUCCGUCUACGAGUUCAUUUUCUCAUUAUUCCCCAAUUUACCCGCUUUUUGCUGUUCCCCUUUUCAGUUUUCUACCCAUUCUACUUGCAUCUCUUGUUAUUUUCUUCCGAUUCAGGGCUCUUUUCCAUUUCUUUUUCUUUUUCUUUUCUCCUUUUUACUAUCUAUUUGCCUUUACCGUUCCACUCUUCGCUCCAACCUUCACGGUUACUUUUGGUCGAGGAGGCCCAUUUCCGCUCUUUCUUGUGAGUAAUGGCAGCUGCUUCUCUCAUCCUCAUCUUCCUUCGUCAUACUUGGUGUCUAUUGAGUAGCCCAUCUUCGGGCAUGAUGCUUCCCAUAUCAGCCUUUUGGGCCUUUCGGCCCUCUCCCCUAAACCAUCCCUACUACU